GCAGUUUCCCAGGACUGCUGCGGGAGUCGGAGCUCGUGGGGCGGGGAGAGUUUGGCCCGAGCUGGCGGAGCGGACGACGGCUCACCUGGACUCGGCUCGGCUCGGACGUGCACUGCCUCGCUGGGAUCGGAACCAAGGCUGAACUCGCCAGGACUCGGAGCAGGGUCUGGAGACGGCGAGAUGGAGGACGGGAAGCCGGUGUGGGCGCCGCACCCGACGGACGGGUUCCAGCUGGGAACCAUCGUGGACAUCGGCGCGGACAGCCUCACCAUCGAGCCUCUGAAGCAGAAGGGAAAGACCUUCCUGGCUCCCAUCAACCAGGUGUUUCCUGCCGAGGACGACGUCAACAAGCAUGUGGAGGACAACUGUUCUCUCAUGUACCUGAAUGAAGCAACACUGCUCAACAAUGUUAAGGUUCGAUACAGUAAAGACAAGAUCUAUACGUUUGUGGCCAAUAUCCUCAUCGCCGUCAACCCGUACUACGACAUCCCCAAACUCUACUCGCCCGACACCAUCCGGCAGUACCAGGGCCGCUCGCUGGGCACGCUGCCGCCGCACGUCUAUGCCAUUGCUGACAAGGCCUACAGGGACAUGAAGGUUCUGAAGAUGAGUCAGUCCAUCAUCGUCUCCGGGGAGUCGGGGGCAGGGAAGACGGAAAACACCAAGUUUGUUCUGAGGUACCUGACCACCUCGUACGGGACGGGCCAGGACAUCGACGAGCGCAUCGUGGAAGCCAACCCUCUGCUGGAAGCUUUCGGGAACGCCAAGACGGUCCGGAACAACAACAGCAGCCGCUUUGGCAAGUUUGUGGAGAUCCACUUCAACGAGAAGAACGCAGUGGUCGGAGGGUUCGUGUCCCACUACCUGCUGGAGAAGUCCAGAAUCUGCCGCCAGGGUCCAGAGGAGAGGAACUACCACAUCUUCUACCGUCUGUGUGCCGGAGCUCCUGAAGACAUCCGGCAGAAGUUCCACUUGAGCUCCCCGGACACCUUCAGGUACCUGAACCGAGGCUGCACUCGCUUCUUCGCCUCCAAGGACACAGACAAGAAGAUCCUGCAGAACCAGAAGAGCCCCGAGCACCUGAAGUCUGGCCCGCUCAAGGACCCGUUGCUGGAUGACCACGGCGACUUCAACCGCAUGAGUGUGGCCAUGAAGAAGAUCGGUCUGGACGACACAGAGAAGCUGGACCUGUUCCGGGUGGUGGCUGGAGUCCUGCACCUCGGGAACAUCGACUUUGAGGAGGCAGGGAGCACCUCAGGUGGUUGCAACAUCCGGAACCACUCGGACCAGACGCUGGAGUACUGUGCCGAACUGCUGGGCCUGGAUGAGGACGGCCUGAGGAGUAGUCUGACCAGCCGGGUCAUGCAGACCACAGCAGGGGGCGCCAAAGCCACUGCCAUCAAGGUGCCACUGAAGGUGGAGCAGGCCAACAACGCCCGGGACGCUCUGGCCAAGGCCAUCUACAGCCGCCUCUUUGACCACGUGGUGACCCGGGUCAACCAGUGCUUCCCCUUCCAGUCCUCGGCCAACUUCAUCGGAGUCCUGGACAUUGCCGGCUUCGAGUACUUUGAGCACAACAGCUUCGAGCAGUUCUGCAUCAACUACUGUAACGAGAAGCUGCAGCAGUUCUUCAACGAGAGGAUCCUCAAGGAGGAGCAAGAGCUGUACCAGCGUGAGGGUCUGGGGGUCAACGAGGUCCACUAUGUGGACAACCAGGACUGCAUCGACCUGGUGGAAGCCAAGCUGGUGGGCAUCCUGGACAUCCUGGACGAAGAGAGCCGUCUGCCGCAGCCCAGCGACCAGCACUUCACAGACACCGUCCACAGCAAGCACAAGGACCACUUCCGCCUGACGGUGCCCAGAAAGUCCAAGCUGACCGUCCACAGGAACGUGAGGGACGAUGAGGGAUUCAUCAUCCGACACUUCGCUGGAGCCGUCUGCUACGAAACGACCCAGUUUGUGGAGAAGAACAACGACGCGCUGCACAUGUCUCUGGAGUGGCUGGUCAGUGAGUCCCGGGACAAGUUUGUGCAGAAGCUCUUUGAGAACUGCAACAACAGCCGCGGAGCCAAGCAGAAGGCCGGAAAGCUGGGCUUCAUCAGCGUCGGCAACAAGUUCAAGACCCAGCUCAACAUUCUGCUGGACAAACUCCGCAGCACUGGCUCCAGCUUCAUCCGCUGCAUCAAGCCGAACCUGAAGAUGGUCAGCCACCAGUUUGAAGGCGCCCAGAUUCUGUCCCAGCUUCAGUGUUCGGGCAUGGUGUCGGUUCUGGACCUGAUGCAGGGCGGCUUCCCAUCCCGGGCCCCCUUCCACGAGCUCUACAACAUGUACCAGAAAUACAUGCCGCCAAAACUGACCCGGCUGGACCCGAGGCUCUUCUGCAAGGCUCUCUUCAAAGCGCUGGGACUCAACGAGAACGACUACAAGUUCGGUCUGACCCGGGUCUUCUUCCGGCCCGGAAAGUUCGCUGAGUUCGACCAGAUCAUGAAGUCUGACCCGGACCACCUGGCUGAGCUGGUGAAGAAGGUCAACAAGUGGCUGAUCCACAGUCGCUGGAAGAAGGUUCAGUGGUGUGCGCUGUCUGUCAUCAAACUGAAGAACAAGAUCCUGUACCGCACUGGCGCCUGCAUCGUCAUGCAGAAGACCGUCCGCAUGUGGCUCUGCAGGAAGAAGCACAAACCCCGCAUCGACGGCCUGGUGAAGGUUCGGCACCUGAAGACCCGGAUGGGUCGCUUCACUGAGGUGGUGUCUGGACUGAAGGAGGGGAAGCAGGAGGUGACCAAACAGAUCCAGGAGCUGGAGGCCGCCAUCGACGCCCUGGUGGUCAAGAUCAAGACCACCAUGAUGUCCCGGCUGGACAUCGACCAGGACCACCAGGCCCUGGUGCGGCGCUCGGAGCAGCUGCUGACGGCGCUGCAGAACAAGAAGAAGGAGGAGGAGGAGCGCGAGCGUCUGCGCCGCAUCCAGGAGGAGAUGGAGCGAGAGAGGAAGAGGAGGGAGGAAGAGGAGCGGCUUCGCAAGCAGGAGGAGGAGGAGCGAAGGCUCAAAGCUGAGAUGGAAGUGAAGAGGAAGCAGGAGGAGGAGGAGAGGAAGAGGAGGGAGGAUGAAGAGCGCAGGAUCCAGGCGGAGAUGGAGCUGCAGCUGCAGGUGGAGCGGGAGGAGGAGGUGGCCCGGCAGGCGGUUCUAGAGCAGGAGCGGCGCGACCGAGAGCUGGCACUGAGGAUCGCGCAGAGCGAAGCUGAGCUCAUCCCAGACGAGUCUCCCAGCGACGGCGGCGGCCUACGCAGCAACGGCUCCUCGGUCCCGUCGUCCCCGGAGAAAGCAGCCUUCGCUGGAAGAACCAAGCUGAAGAGUCUGACCAUGGAGGAAAUGGCGAAGGAGAUGACGGAACUCCUGGCUCGAGGUCCACAGGUUCAAGCCUCCAAAGCUGCCGCUGGCGCCAAGAAGUACGAGCUGAGCAAGUGGAAGUACGCGGAGCUGCGGGACGCCAUCAACACAUCCUGCGACAUCGAGCUGCUGGCGGCAUGUCGGGAGGAGUUCCACCGCCGGCUCAAGGUCUACCAUGCCUGGAAGUCCAAGAACAAGAAGAGGAACGCAGAGGCAGAUCAGCGCGCACCCAAGUCCAUCACUGACUACGAUAUUGCGCCUCCUGUGACAAAAGCAUCCCAGCAGAACCCGGCGCCGCCCGUGCCGGCGCGCCAGUACGAGGUGGCCAUGAACCGACAGCAACGCUACUUCCGCAUCCCCUUCAUCCGGCCCAGCGACCAGUACAAGGACCAGCAGAACAAGAAGAAAGGCUGGUGGUACGCCCACUUCGACGGGCCGUGGAUCGCCCGGCAGAUGGAGCUGCACCCAGACAAGCACCCGGUCCUGCUGGUGGCAGGGAAGGAUGACAUGGAGAUGUGCGAGCUGAGCUUGGAGGAGACCGGCCUGUCCCGCAAGAGGGGCGCGGAGAUCCUGCCGCGGCAGUUCGAGGAGGUAUGGGAGCGCUGCGGCGGGAUCCAGUACCUGCGCAGUGCCAUCGAAAGCCGGCAGGCUCGGCCCACCUACGCCACCGCCAUGUUGCAGGGCAUGUUCAAGUGAGCGGCCGCGCCGGCCGCGCCGAGCGAGGGACGUUUGUCCGUUGUCCUUUAGCUGUGGCCGGUGUCUGAGCCUAUGCAGAGAAAUCCUCCCAAAUCUUCACACGCGCUUGAUUUCCAGAGACUCCACGGGGCCUUAAUCUUCCGCUCGCCGCCGUUGACGUGGGGCGCGGCCUGAUUCCUGCUGUUCCUUAGUCCUUCACCACGUUCCGCCUGCUUGGUUGUUGAUUUACCUUGAAUGUAACUCCUGACCUCACGACGCCCUGGCUCCGCCUCCUCGCCGUCGUCGUCUGAUUCCUCCUCCGAACGAAAAUGUGAAUCGAUUAUGCAACUGCUGAGAUGAAACGUUUGGACCGAGCUUUGGUUCGCGCUGACCGCAGGACGUUUUCAUCGACGAUGAUUCCGAGAAAUCAUUCCGAAGCCUCUUCGUUACGAUUCCGUCGGUUUGCCAUGACGCUCUGGUCUGGUUCCGCCAAGACUCGUGGCUCUGGAACUCUCUCAACUGGAAAUCUUUUCUACUGGACGGCCGAUCCGACGUCUAGAGUUUCUAUUUUUGGAUGUUUCUACUUCUCGCAGUGAAGAACAGCAAUACACGGGAAGCAAACGGAAGUAGCCGGCUCUGCUGUGGAGACACUCGGCGUUCGGCGUGACUGGAAGCUGCGCGUGGGACGGUCCAAACCGCGGCUACAGUGGCGGCUCUGGUGCGCUCGGACGCGGCGACUCGGUCUCCGGCGCCAAUCAUUCCCUCCGGACACGUCGUCGUGUUGCUGGUUGUUUUUCUAACACAGAUCUAACCAAGAUUAAAUAAAGAAUUCCACGUG